AUGGAACACAGCAUGUCCACACACUCUGUUCUCGGCAGUACAGAUAGUAGCUCCGUCAUCGAUAUUCCUGAACGUUUCUCAUUGGAGGAGUCGUCAGCUGAGGAUGUCCCACCAUACAGUGCAGAAGUUAUGCUGCGACCUGUCACCGCAUUCCAGAACUCACGAUACGACAGAAACUUCCUAAUUCGCCCGGGGAAUGUCGACAUCCCGGCAGGGUUACAUUCUUCUAUGUGUUUGCCUGAACCCACAUACCUUCCUCAGGGCUGGACGCUACAAGUACAUCCCGAAGGCUCACCAUACUAUGUGAACGCCUUGAAGGUACCAUGUGUGGUCACUGACACACCUCUGCACGAUCCCGACCUAUGCAGCAAGUUGACUUCGUCAAUUGAAGUAUUCCACUACAAUAUCAAGAAUCUUAACUUAACCCUACCAUCCGAUUGUGAAAUCUAUGUGCAUGUUGAUAGCACUCAGGGUGGAUGCAGCUAUUACCUCGUCGACCAUGACUGCCAGACAAUUUUCUGGCUUCAGACUAUGGACUCUGAUACCCUUGGUUUACCAGAAAUUUCGUCGAUUUCGCACCUCAGAUAUGUUUUGCACGAACAAUAUUGGACGCACGUGGAUUACUUUCCUCACCGCCCGGUAGCUCCACGCCUACGUCAGGAGCUAAUGAGCAUUCUACGCCACGCUCGAGGAGAUCAUCUGACAUCUGAGAAUUCGACUUUUCCAUAUGAUGCAGAGCAAUGCGCCAUGUAUAUUGACCUGUUGAAUAUAGAGGCUGAUUGUACUACUUACAUGACAUGUGUGAUUGCUCGCAUCUGGGAACUUGUGUCUCGUCAUAGGUAUCAACAUUUCUAUGGGGAGGAUUACUCCCGUCUUUACCGCGGACAAAGACGCCUUGAGUUGCCACCGGCCGAGGGCAGUAUCCUCACUAAAUUACGGUCAUAUUUUCUCUUUGGACUUCCAGGAAGAACAAAGUGUGAAUUAGAGAUGCUCUUCACCGAUCGUCUUGUCUUCAGGGUUGAUUGGCAGAAGUUUCAACGCUCCUUGGCGCUUGAGUGGAGAGAGUCGGCCUUGCUGAGUGUUGGUCUCCUGGUGACCAAUUCUUGCUUCUUCGCUCUACCAAGAAAUUUUGCAUCCAGUUGCGCGGGACUUUCAUCGCUGAUUCUAUCUCUCUCCGGACUUGCUACAAGCGUCGCGCUUCUGCGUUGGCAAUCGGGAAGCAUGAAUUUGGACGCGUCCAGCAUUGCUGAACAUAUGCAAAAUAUCCAGCACGCUAAGCUAGGAUUCGAACCGAUCGCUGCCGUCUUCAGUGUUCCCAGGGCACUUGUAUAUUGGUCCAUGCUCUUCUCGGCUGCUCACCUCGUGGCCGUUGUCGCCGAGAUGACUGGGCUUGUUGAAAAGAUCGUGAUGCUUGUUGUUGUGGCGCUCGUCGGCUUCGUACUCUGCAGGAUGGCUAUCGUCCUUCGAGGAGCGCCCAUCGAGAAAACUGUUGCACCCUGA